CUUUGGACGUUUCCGGUUAAAAAGUGGGAGGAGAAAAUUCCGGAUCCGGAUUUAAAUUUCCGCUUCGUCAUCGCCUCCAUUGUGCGGAAGGGAAUUUUUGGGCAAUUCGAAUGUGAAAUCUGAAUUUUUUUGGGUGAAAUAAUCUGAAUUUUCCGGGAUUUUCGCCGCCAUGGAGCCGUGGGCGCCGCUUUACCUCGACGUGAUGCACGAGAGCUACGAGACCCUCAUGGCCCUGGCAGCUCAGGGGCUGGUGAGCGACAAAUCGGCGUCGAAAGGCGCGUCGGAGAGCGGCGCCGGUCUCGCGCCGCGCUCACCGCACAUCCCGGAGCGAGAGAAACUCCGCGGCUCCAACCGGCGCAAAACGCGGCGCCCGGAUAAAACCGUGACUGAUUUUUCGCCAAAACCCGUCGUUGUCCCUAAAAUUUGCUGUGCCAAAGCGCCGCGCGGUGCGGGAGCGUCGCGGCACCGCCCGUUCGGCUGCGCCGACUGCGGGAAGAGCUUCCCGUGGGCGUCGCAUUUGGAGCGGCACCGGCGCGUCCACACGGGCGAGCGGCCGUUCGGCUGCGCCGAGUGCGGCGAGACCUACAGCCAGAGCUCGCACCUGCGCCAGCACCGCCGCACCCACGCCGGCGACCGCCCGCACCGAUGCGGCGUCUGCGGCAAGCGCUUCGCCGCCGCCGCCGAGCUGGCGGCGCAUGCCAGCGGUCACGCCGCCGGCAAACCGCACAAAUGCGGUGACUGCGGGAAGGGAUUUGCGUGGGCGUCGCAUUUGGAGCGGCACUGCCGCGUGCACACCGGCGAGAAGCCUUUUAAAUGCGCCGAGUGCGGCGAGGCGUUCAGCCAGGGCUCGCACCUCGCCAAGCACCGCCGCAGCCACGCCGGCCGGCGGCCGCACCGCUGCGCCGCCUGCGGCAAGACGUUUUGCCAAAGCGCCGAGCUGGCGCGGCACCGCCGCACGCACCUGGGCGUGACGCCGCUGCGCUGCGGCCACUGCGGGAAGUUGUUCCGGGCGGGGCCGGCGUUGGCGCGGCACCAGCAGCGCCACAGCCGGGAGCAGUCGCACCGCUGCGCCGACUGCGGGAAGGGUUUCGUGUGGGCGUCGCAUUUGGAGCGGCACCGGCGCGUCCACACGGGCGAGCGGCCCUUCGGCUGCGGCAGCUGCGGCGAGCGCUUCACGCAGAAGGUUCAUCUGCUGCAGCACCGCAAGAUUCACUCGCCGGAGAGACCCUACAAGUGCGGCGACUGCGGGAAGCGUUUUGGCGAGGCGCCGCUCUUCCUGCUGCACCGGCGCGGCCACGCCGCGCACAAGAGCCACGCCUGCGGCGAUUGCGGCAAGGGAUUCGCGUGGGCGUCGCAUUUGGAGCGGCACCGGCGCGUCCACACCGGCGAGAAACCUUUUAAAUGCGGCGAGUGCGGCGAGGCGUUCAGCCAGGGGUCGCAUCUCGCCAAGCAUCGCCGUAGCCACCUCCCCAAAAAUGGGGGGGUUGCGCCGCUGGACGGGUCGCGGCUCGCCGGGGAUGCGCCGGGAGCUCACGGCAGCGAGGAACCCUAAGGAAUAUGGCGCCCGUUGGAUGACGAAAAACUUGUGUUGGGGACGUGCCAAAGGACGCCAAAAUUGUGGGGCCAUCACCCCUUGCCGGGUCGUGGAGGAACCGUAAGGAAUAUGGCGCCCGAUGGAUGACAAAAAACUUGUGUUGGGGACGUGCCAAAAGACGCCAAAAUUGUGGGGCCAUCACCCCUUGUCGGGGACGCGCCGGGAGCUCACGGCAGCGAGGAACCGUAAGGAAUAUGGCGCCCAAUGGAUGGCAAAAAACUUGUGUUGGGGACGCACCAAAAGACGCCAAAAUUGUGGGGCCAUCACCCAUUGCCGGGUCGCGGAGGAACCGUAAGGAAUAUGGCGCCCAAUGGAUGGCGAAAAACUUGUGUUGGGGACGUGCCAAAGGACACCAAAAUUGUGGGGCCAUCACCCCUUGCCGGGUCGCGGCUCGCCGGGGACGCGCCAGCGAGGAACCGUAAGGAAUAUGGCGCCCGAUGGAUGGCAAAAAACUUGUGUUGGGGACGCGCCAAAAGACACCAAAAUUUUGGGGCCAUCACCCCUUGCCGGGUCGCGGCUCACCGGGGACGCGCCAGCGAGAAACCGUAAGGAAUAUGGCGCCCGAUGGAUGGCAAAAAACUUGUGUUGGGGGUGCCAAAGGACGCCAAAAUUGUGGGGCCAUCACCCCUUGUUGGGUCGCGGAGGAACCCUAAGGAAUAUGGCGCCCGAUGGAUGGCAAAAAACUUGUGUUGGGGACGUGCCAAAAGACACCAAAAUUGUGGGGCCAUCACCCCUUGUCGGGGACGCGCCGGGAGCUCACGGCAGCGAGGAACCGUAAGGAAUAUGGCGCCCGAUGGAUGGCAAAAACUUGUGUUGGGGGCGUGCCAAAAGACACCAAAAUUGUGGGGCCAUCACCCCUUGCCGGGUCGUGGAGGAACCGUAAGGAAUAUGGCGCCCAAUGGGUGGCAAAAAACUUGUGUUGGGGGCGUGCCAAAGGACACCAAAAUUGUGGGGCCAUCACCCCUUGCCGGGGAUGCGCCGGGAGCUCAUGGCAGCGAGGAACCCUAAGGAAUAUGGCGCCCAAUGGAUGGCAAAAAACUUGUGUUGAGGACGUGCCAAAAGACGCCAAAAUUUUGGGGCCAUCACCCCUUGCCGGGUCGCGGCUCGCCGGGGACGCGCCGGGAGCUCACGGCAGCGAGGAACCGUAAGGAAUAUGGCGCCCGAUGGAUGACAAAAAACUUGUGUUGGGGACGCCAAAAGACGCCAAAA